AGAAGGCAUUAGGACGGCAAGCCACAUUCCUGGCCACUGUGAGGAAAUCAAUGAAUAUUUAUGCAAAGGUUGUUUACUUACUACUGCUCAAAGUUAUUAUUAGAGGACUACUGUGCAUUUGUGUCGCUUUCUACCUUGUUUUGAAGAGCCACAAGAUUUGUAAUUGGCAGCUUUGAAUCUACUGUAGGGUCGUGCUUUCAGUGUAUCGGGGAUUGGACUGGACACUGGCGGCGCGGUUGAUGAAGACGUGCUCUGCACACUAGACCUACUUCAAACACUUGGCCGUUCCCCUUUUUCUUUUUCCGUAAAAUGCCAAGACUUCGUCCAUCAAACUCUGCCCAUUUCAAACCAGGCUGCUCAUUUGGAAGGACGUCAGACCGCAGCCUUUCUAAUCUGCAAGUUCAGUCCAAUAAAUUGUGACAUAGGCUGUCAGCGUUGGAAUAAGAAAUCGAUAUCCAAGAAAGGGACGCGAUAUUCUUUCAGAAUUUUAACGAUCUAUUUCCUCUAUCCUCAUAACCAUGCGAAUUGUGUGAAGGCUGGAGUGGUCCAGCUACUUGCAUUUUAAGAUGGAGCAGUGCUGAUAGUGACAAAUUAUUGUUGUUGAGUGUCCAUGCAAGACUUGGGGUGGAAACAUGUCUGGCCACUUCUCUGAGAGGAUCACUGCUAUCAGAGAUGGCAUUUUGGUCCAGCACUUCGGUUUUUACCUCUAAAGUGCCCCGGAAAAUCUUAUUCAUGUUCACCCUCUCCCUCUCUGUCACCUACUUGUUCUAUAGCUUGAUGAGCUGUUACAACUCGUUACAGUUCCCCUUGCAAGAGAACUACGUGUACCAAGGGAGACUGGUGACAGAGGAGGCAACUUUCGUGACAUUAAGGGAGAAACUUUAUUCCACUUCGUCGCAGGGCUAUUUGGACGAGGAGCUCAUAGAGGCAACUGCCGCCGCAGAGCAAACGGUUGCAAUUUCCACAGUCAAAGAUAAUGUGGAGACCGAACAAAGAACAUUGGAUUGGGUUAGGACUCAGGCGUCUCCAACUAAAGCCGCCGCGGCGUAUCACUCUCCCGCUCUGGAGAGGGAGCCCCCGGAAUUCAGCACCACGGACAACGAACUCAGGGUGAACUGCACCUCGGAUUAUGGGGAGAAGAAAUUACCCCAAGCCAUUAUAAUUGGGGUGAAGAAAGGAGGUACAAGGGCUCUGCUUGAAGCUUUGAGGGUCCAUCCAGACGUCAGAGCCGUUGGGAAUGAGCCACAUUUCUUCGACAGGAACUACGAGAAGGGGCUGGAUUGGUACAGAGACCUGAUGCCUUCGACUCUGGAGGGACAGAUCACCAUGGAGAAGACACCCAGUUACUUUGUGACUAGCCAUGCCCCCAAGCGCAUCCACACGAUGGCCAGGGAUAUUAAGCUAAUCAUUGUGGUUCGUAACCCUGUCACAAGGGCCAUUUCAGACUACACUCAGACUCUGUCCAAAAAACCAGAGAUCCCAACUUUUGAGGUUUUGGCUUUCAAAAACCGGACGCUGGGCCUAAUAGAUGCGUCGUGGAGUGCUCUACGUAUAGGGAUUUAUGCUCUCCACUUGGAGACGUGGAUGCAGUACUUCCCUCUCUCCCAGAUGCACUUUGUCAGCGGAGAGAGGCUUAUCAUUGAUCCCUCUGGUGAGAUGGCCAAGGUGCAGGACUUUCUGGGACUCAAGCGGAUUGUCACGGAUAAACACUUUUAUUUUAACAAAACUAAAGGAUUUCCUUGCCUGAAGAAGCCAGAGGACAGCAGCACCCCGAGAUGUCUUGGCAAAUCUAAAGGAAGAACUCACCCUAAAAUUGACCCAGACGUUAUCCGCCGACUACACAAAUUCUACAAACCCUUUAACAUGAUGUUCUACCAAAUGACUGGCCAGAACUUUGAGUGGGAGCUGGAGGUGGGCAGUGACUUUUGGAGCUCUCAGAACUAAGUAAACUACAUCCUCACGGCACAGCCACACCACCAGCCUUCUCAAUAACAGAAGAACUACCACCCGUCCCUACUGCUUGAUCCUCCAAGAGAGUGCUUGAGCACGUCAAUCAAUCAUGGCUGUUUUUGCAAAAGUGUCUGUAUCCAUAGCAAAAAGAGUUUACCGACAUGCUUCUGUUCUCUCCCUCAAUAUUUGUUGUGUUGAUGGUGGCAAAAGCAUUGUAUAUACUAUACAUACAAAUAUAUUUAUAUUUGUGAAAGGGAGACGAUUUUAUUCCUUUUGUUUUUAAAACAUAGAGCAGAUAGAGUAUUUAAAUCAUGUCGACUAUGACGAUGCAUGCAUGCGAUAAGUUAAGUGUCCUUAUACCUCCUGAGCCCCACGGGUCUAUUCUGCGUGUUUUUUCUCCCUUUACUUUUCAUACUGUUUGUUGCCCUCUCAUCCACACCCACCAGCAUACAGUACAGAACAGUCAUUAUACCCAGAUGACUGAGGCCAUGAAGUAUUCUGGUUGAUUUAUUUAAAACUCCAAUUUCUGCUUUAGAGAUGCAAAUAAAUAUAUUAGUCUUGUAUUUACAAUAAUCCCUUGACAUGACUCUCAUGUCAUUUUAGAAAUUGUCUGUGUAUGUUUUCUGUGGAGACAAUCCCUUUUUGUCAAUCCAGGUUUACCAAAGCAUACCUUUAAUUUCCUCAGAAUCAAUAUUUUUGUUGACCUGCACUAGUAAAUGACAGAUUUAAAGAAAUGUACAGUACAUCUAUUUCAAAUUGUUUUGUAUAUCAUCUUAUGUGAGGCUAGAAUUGGCAUAUAUCAUCUCGUUUUUUCUCCCCACAAUUAUCAAGGGAUUACUGUGAAGAUGACACGCUCCUUCAGAAAACAAAGUACCUUAUGUUGACAAAUUUGAAGUUAUUUUGAGGUGUACACAAAGUCUAUUAUAAAUGGAGAAAAACAAAUUUUAUAUAGAGCUAUUAUAUGAUUAAUUUGACAGAUGUAAUACAAAGCUAUUUCCUGUGAGUUCUUCUGUCUCCUAGCUUGAGACUUACAAGCCAAUAUGGUUCUCUUUUUGUCAUGGUUACAUUGAUGAGGUGAAGAAAUACAGAGUACCAAACAGAAGGGUGUUAAGAAACAUCUGGUCCCAUGGAGUCUUCUGUCAUUAAGCGAUUAAUGGGUUAAUUAAGUAAACCUGUCUCUGGAACAUCAUUGUCAAAGUCAAAGUGAGGAUUUGUUGCAGAUGCUAUUAUGCACAGGUUUACCCAGUAAAUCUCAUAUUGUUAUGACUGUAUCAUGUAUCUGACUGGAAUCUUAGUCUGUCUGUUAGGAAACAUUAUGUACAUCAGCGCGUCGCAAACCGGCUUGUGAUCAACGGCAUUGAGGUAUGUAAACAUGGCACAGAUAAUAAUUACAACAGGGUUUUACAGUCCUUUUCUGCUUUUCUAUAAAUGUGACUUUACUUCUAAGUUUAAAAUAAGAACUUUUGGAAUAGCUUGCAGUGAUCCUGUCUGCUGUCUAACUACUGUCUCUGGACUUCAUCAAUUGAGACAAUCAAUACAGUCAAUGAGUCAAUAAAUACAGUCUUCUAGACAUCAAUGGUCGACCACAGCUAUGAUGCAUUACACUGUUAAUCUUCCCUGUUUUCUGGCGGCCACGCUAAGCUGGAUUGGUUCACUCUCUGUCGGCCUCUCCAUCACCAUGGGGAGUCUGGGUCCAGCAGCUAGUUACACAGAGCAAUUCAUUCAAUCAAAGUACCAACUAUACUGCCCUUUCUAGCACCAAACCUGAACACUUACCUCAAAGCCUCAGUUUCCCAGAGUCACACCUUACACUUUGAUACUGCUCUGUGCAGACAUCCCCUGGUGUCUUCCUCUGAACCUCUUUUUCUCUCCAUCCCUGGGGCACACUCUCAUUCAUCACACGGUUCUUUCUGUCUAGCACAAGUUUUGCUGUUCAGUUCAGAACAAAGAUAUGGGUUCAUAAAUAACCAACAAUAAAUAUA